CUGUCAGUGUCAAAUUUCGCCAAACAUCAAACAAAACAAAGGUAAACAUGGCGAGUGAUGCUGAUGAUUUUAAUAAAAAUAUCGAAAAUCUAAAAGACUCCGUAAAAAAAUCAUUUGCCAAUAUUUACGCAAGUCUGAAGGCGAGAGAACUCAAAACUUUACGGCAACUGGACGCUAUCAGCAAACAAUGCCAAGACAAUAAAGACUUGAAGCAGAACUGUGUUCAAAACAUUCAAAUAUCCUAUGAAAACGAAUCCACACUGCUACAUAACAUAAGUAACUACGGCGCUAUAAAUUUGGAGAAACUUAAUUUUGAUAGUAGCAUAUUCACUUUGGAAGAUUAUAUUAGCCCUAACGAUGACCACUUGUAUUCUUACAAAUGUAUUGAAGAUUUAGCGAAUGAAAAUGACUUGGAAGCAAUAGAAGAGGCAGCUCUCAAACAGAUAACAAGUACAGAGGACUGUGUUUGUUAUGUGAAUGUGCGGAGUGAAGAUGUAGCCAAAAAAUUUAGAGAUGUAGAUAUAUGUGCACCGGUCCCUCCAUCCAUAGACUCUAGUAUAAUAUCCUCUGAAGAGAGCACUGAACCUCUUUGUAGUAAAGAUUCUUUGAGUAUUACAGAAAGCAAAGAUGAGGAGCGAAGUGAAAGUUCAGAUAAUGAUGAAGUGAAGAAAAUGAAACCGACUGAUGAAUGGUUGAACUCUAUCAAGAGCCAGACGGAGACAGAGCCCACACAAGUCACAGACGUGAUGGAACACAGCACUAUUGUCUGCUCCUAACAACAAAGUUAGUAAUUUUACCCUUAUUUUGUUACUUAACUAGAAUUAAUAAAGUUUUAUAUUCUUAUUUCUACUGUAA